AAAGAGAAGUCACCAGAGGAAGAGCAUUCAGCCUGUCCAGGCGAAAGAUACCAAUAAAGAGAAUAAGAAGCAAUAAAAAUGUUGGGAGUGUUGGUUGCCUUCCUGGUGUGUCUGCUGAUUCUACGCUUCCCGAAACAACUCUGGUCAAACAGGCCAUACCCUCCUGGGCCUCUUUGGCUACCCAUUAUUGGAAGUAUGUGGCGAGUAGGGAUCAAGUUUCGUAAAGAUACAGUUUUUAAGCUUGCAAAACAAUAUGGAAAUGUUUUCAUGCUAUGGCUGGGACUUAUGCCAAUGGUUGUACUGUCUGGAUAUGAAGCAGUGAAAGAAGGGCUGAUAAACCAUUCAGAAGACUUUGCUGAUCGAAUAGCAACCCCUUUCCUGAAAAUCAUGGGAAAGGAAAUGGGUAUUAUAUUCUCAAAUGGCCACGCCUGGAAGCAACAGAGGAAGUUUGCACUGGUUACCCUGCGGAAGAUGGGACUAGGGAAGAAAGGCAUGGAGCACCAAAUAGAAGAGGAGGCCCAUCAGCUUCUUCAGACUUUUGCGAAUGCAAAGGGGCAUCCAUUUGACCCAUCAAUCUCCAUCAGAAAUUCAGUCACCAAUGUGAUCUGUGCUGUGGCUUUUGGAUACCGGUUUUCGGUGGAAGAUAAACAAUUCCUCGAGUGGGUGGAAGGCGGUGACUACAUAUUUUCGUUUUUGGGUAGCUUCUGGCAAGGUUUUUUUGAAGUUUUCCCAUGGCUCAUGAAACGUGUUCCAGGGCCUCCAAAGAAGGCCUUAUCAUAUGCAGAGGCUAUGUUUUCAUUUGCAAGAAAGGAGAUAGAAAAGCAUAAGGGACGUGAUGCUGUCUAUGAGCCACAGGAUUUCAUUGAUUUCUAUCUAUUACAGAUGCAGCAAAGCAAGAAUGACCCCAACUCUACUUACAAUGAAGACAAUCUGACUCAGAUUAUUUUUGAGUUCUUCAUGGCAGGAUCGGAAACUGCAACCCUGACUUUGCGGUGGGCAUUGCUGCUCAUGGCCAAUCACCCAGACAUCCAAGAGAAAGUCCACAAAGAGAUUGAAGAUGUUUUGGGUUCCCCUCAAUCAUUCACCUACCAAGAUCGGAAGAAACUCAACUAUACCAAUGCUGUAAUUCAUGAGAUCCAGCGUUCACAAUAUGUCAUCUUUUUGGGGGGGCCCAGACAAUGUACAAAAGAUGUAAACAUGCUUGGCUUUCUCAUUCCAAAGGGCACAAUCAUUGUUUCAGAUCUACGCUCAGUUCUUCUGGAUCCUAAACAAUGGGAGACACCUGAGGCAUUCAACCCAAAUCAUUUUUUGGACGAGGACGGAAGUUUUGUGGCAAAAGAAGCCUUUCUUCCAUUUGGUGCAGGAGCCCGUGUUUGUUUGGGAGAGCAGCUGGCGAGGAUCGAGCUCUUCAUCUUCUUCACCAGCUUGAUGAGGGCUUUCACGUUCCAGCUUCCAGAAGGAGUGAAAGAGCUCGACACAGAUCCUUUGAUUGGGCUAUCAGUAGUUCCCCGCCCUUAUAAGAUCUGUGCUGUUCCCCGCAGCAGUUCAUGAACUGUACAGAUUGGGGUGGAUCAUUUGCUAGUGUUAAUUUCUCCUUCAUUCAUUUUGUCUAAGGCUGCUCAA